AUGCAGUCAACUUCGGGCAGUUCCAGGCUGGUCCCCGAUGCCCAUGGUCUCCUGCAAGCAACCGACCUGAGCGGCCUAGAAAAUAUUCUUCUUGCUGUCAGUACUGGAACAUGGCUUAUUGUUCUAGCUGUGACAAUAACUGGAGUCAAAAAACUGGGAUUCAGAAUAUGGGGAUCAUCGGCGACGGCGUUUCGACCACUCGCACAUAUCUACGAAGACCAGGAUGGACAGGCUACUAUUCAAUCAUCCCAGCGCGCUUCGAAGAAAUGGCUUCGACUCACUAUACUUUCCAUUGCUGUCGUGGGGGUCUUCUUGUCUGUUAUUCGGAUGGCGACUGAUUCAUUCUCCGCCAAAUCGAAGUUUGUCGACUCGAUAGAAAUUGGACUUUGGGUCAUAAACUUGGCUCAAGGUACUGCUCUUUGUCUUCCAUCUCCUUUCCCGACUGGCUUUCCAAUUGCAUGGAGAAUGGGAGUGAGCAAUCUCUUUGUUCUGUUGCUGUUGCUCGCUCGGCGCUAUAUCAUCUCAAUUGCGGACCACUUGACCAACUCAUCUCCCAAGUUGCUCGGAGCACAGGUCAUAGCCAGUUCUUUACUUGUUAUCAUGUGCUUCAUGGUCCCUCGACGCCCGGACGUUUACCGAAAUGAGAAACUGGUAGACAGACAGUUCACUACCGGUGUUUUAAGCUGGAUCAGUUUCUCAUGGAUUCAACCAGUGCUCGACAAGUGUCAUCUUCCAGACAAUUUGACUCUCGAAGAUCUGUCAGAACUUGAUUAUGAUACAACACCGGAAAUAAUACACAAGGACUCUCAAUUGAAACGAGGUACUGUGGUUGAUUCACGAGGAAUAUGGAGGUGGAUUCUUCGCUCCCAUCACUCCGCGCUGAUAUGCCAGCUUUUUAUCACCGUGACUUCGUCUUUCUUGAGCUUUGCCCCCCAACUGGCAUUGCUACAAAUUCUGCGUCACCUCGAGGAUACUCAGCUAGAGACCAAAAAGGACGAACUAUGGACCCCUGUCACUGCCCUUGGGCUGUCCGUUAUGGCAUCGGCUGCCCUGGAGCCCUUCAAGCGCUGGAUUUCUCACAAUAAAAUCGCGGUGCGAAUGCAACAACAGCUGUCUCUCGCCGUGUUCGAGAAGACUACCCAAAUCGGCCACUUCGAUCCUGUUGAUGAGAAAACUCUGCUCUCUUCUGAAGUAAAAACCAUCACAGACUUCUUUUGUCUGGCGUUCACUCUUUGCGAAUCACCUAUCAAGAUAGGAAUUUCUUCGAUCUUCUUGGCCCAUCUGCUGGGCUGGAAAAGCAUGCUUGCAGGAAUUGCAGUCCUAACAACCCUCGCGGCUACAAGGAGUAUUGUCAUGCGCAGGUACUCCGGUAACCAGAAGAAGCUGAUGAGACUUCGUGAUAGCAGACUGGAAAUGAUGACUGAGAUUCUUCAAGGCGUUUGCCCCAAGAGAAUAGACAUCAAUGAGCUACGAGACUACGAAUUGAAAUCUCAAUGGUCGGUCUAUUUCUGGCAAAUUGGAAUGAGUUCGAUGUCCUCCAUUAGUCCAAUCCUUCUCUCUAUCGCCUGUAUUGCCGCUUAUGCCUGGUCUCAUGGAUCUCUUUCUGCGUCUACCGCAUUCACAUCCAUCUCUGUCUUGAACUCGCUUCAAGCUGCCCUGGCAGUUCUCCCAAAUGCAAUUACCUCCCUAUUCGAUGCCUCAAACAGUGUGGAGCGCCUCACACUAUUCUUCUCACAAGCUGAGAAAUUGAAUAACACUAUCCCGUCCGAUACUGUCAAAUUCCGAAAUGCCUCGAUCUCGUGGCCAGGAGCCGGACCUGGCAGUAGUUACACUUUGACUGGUCUUGAGUUGAGAUUCCCUAAAGACACGGUCAGCAUCAUCACAGGACCUCCUGGUUCUGGAAAAAGUCUUCUUCUGUCUGCAAUGCUUGAUGAAGUGAAAAUCAUUAGUGGACUUAUCUCUGCGCCAGUCUCAGCCCCUCUUGACCACACGCUGUCAUUAUCAGAUCCUGAUACAUGGCUCUCAACUGUCUCACUUGCCUAUGUUUCUCAAAAACCCUGGCUGCAGAAUGCCACAAUUCAAGAAAAUAUCCGUCUCGGCCUGCCACUUGACCAUCGCCGAUAUGCUAAGGUGAUAUUUGUCUGUGGUCUCGAACAUGAUCUGAAAUGUUUGCCCCAGGGAGAUCAAACCGUGUUGAGUUGCAAAGGAGCGAAUAUCAGCGACAGUCAAAAAUCGCGGAUAUCCCUUGCUCGUGCUCUUUACUCUCGGGCAAAGACGCUUGUUGUUGACGAUAUUUUCACUACCAUCGAUAAAGAGGCUGCUACGCACAUCUACCGACAUGUUCUUUGUGGAGACGUUCUGAAUGAAAGAACGUUCAUCCUGGCUACUCGCAACGUUGAGCUUUGCUUGCCUCAGGCUGAGUAUCUGGUUACUCUGGAAAAUGGUCGUUUGAAAUCUGCAGUCAGCAUCCGUAAAAUGGCGCAGCCUGGUUUUGAUCACUCUUCUCUCCCCGAAGAAGAGAAUCAUUCUGCAUUGAAAAGCGCUAAGUCCUUGGUUUCGACUGGAGGUAGAAGUCAACAUAACAAACCGACGAUAUCAGAAUCUUUGCACGUUCUUCUAAGACAGGGAGGAGAUCCUACUCACUGGAUGUUCUUCGGUGUGGCAUUUAUUGGUUAUGCAGCAGUUAUGCUGGGCCGGGCUUGGUGCAUUCGUAAUUGGACCCAACCCCAAAGUGAAGCACAAUCAUCGGAGCAAAAGGUCGACAGCUCUGAUUAUUUGACUGUCUACGCUAUACUCUCGGCCAGUGCAUGUCUGCUGAUGAUUUGCCGUAAAUAUUUGUCCAUGGUAUCUGCACUAAGAGUGUCAGAACGGAUAUUCCACCACUUCGUUGUCACAGUUCUCAGAGCUCCCGAACAGUGGCAUGAUAAUGCCUCUGAUAUGAUCAACCGCUUCUCUGCCGAUCUCAACGUUCUGGAUUCCCGGCUUGGAGAAGACCUGGAUUCAGCACUAGGGCUCCCAAUGGAUGUGGGAAUAUCCAUGCUUGCAGGGGUCAUUGUGAGUCCAGUGUUGGCUGCAGUGGCAGCACUACUUCUGGUAGUAUAUCUGUGGUGCGGAAAGAAAUUCUCGAACACAUCUCGGCAAUUGAAGCAGCUAGAGAAGAAGACAGAAAGCUCUGUUAUCGACCAUUUCGAUGCCUGUCAAAGCGGUCUCUCCACCAUUCGAGCAUAUGGAAAAAUUGACAAAUCACUUCUCGAGUUUCAAGACAGAGUAGGCCGUCACGCACGAGCCUACUGGAACCUCCAUCUACUCAACAGAUGGCUCGACUUCAGGGUGAAUAUGCUCGGUGCAAUUUUCUCAGCCCUAACUGUCUCUUUUAUUGCCCACUCACCCGAUGUCAGCGCCUCUACCGCGGGAUUUGCAAUCAGCUUCACUCUUGAAGUUUCACUGCUCAUGGCUUUGAGUAUCCGCUCUUACUCUCGAUUGGAGGGGGAUAUGGAAAGUCUUGCUUGUGUUGAUUCGAUCUCAAACACUACAAAGCUAAGCUUGUCGGAUGAGACAUCUUUCAUGAUGAACGAUAUUUCUCCCAGGUCAUCAUUUAACAGCCAUAGAUCUUAA